AUGGGUUACUACCAGGGCACUACCCCCGGCCAAAGCUGGGAUCCGCGUUCUGUCCUGCAAUUCGACAACCCACAGGUUGGAUACCAGACCUGUUUCGGUACGGCAAUCACAUACGGACGUAGGUGCAGAAGACAAGUCUCCAUCGGCCCGUUCAUUCCCGCAAAACUGCAGGCCCAGGAACCACUGAAAGCAGCAAAAUCUUCUUGGCUGAACGCUCUUGCUCUUGACGGCUUAUGUUGGCAACACGUACACCAAGUCGACGAUGUCAUCGCCAGGUGGCGCCACGCCCUGCACAAGUUUGCCGAGACGCAGUCAGCGGGCACGAAGUCUUCUUCCAAAGGCCAUGGCCCCAAACCCUCAACUGCUGGAUCAAGACCUACACCUAAGACCGAGCAGAGACACCCCGAUGUCGAUGACAUCAUGGAGCAAAUUCGCCGGCUUCGGGAAGAGUUGGAGAAGUUACUAUCAGAGCAGAAGAGCUCGUCGAGUUACUCUUCUGGACCCAAGCCUUCGGCUCAGCAACCCCAGCAACAGGAUCAUGCGGAAGAGCAGCGCCGGCGGGAAGAGAGCGAGGAGAAAGCCAGAGAGGCCCGGAAGCGAGAAGAUAGUGAACGAGCGGAGCGCGCGCGCGCAAAGAGACAAAAAGAGAAGGAGCGAGAGGAACGUGAGUGGUCGGACGCAUGUGCAAGAUACGAAGACAGAUGGAGCAACAUCGAAGCGGGAGGCGGCGGCCUUGCUAGCAGCCAGAUCCCAUGGCCUACAAAGUCUGGCAAAGGGACAACAGUCGACGAAAGAGCCGUGCGAGAGUUCUUCAGGAGGAUGCCGUCUCUUCUGCUGUCUGACGAGCCCGGCGAGGAGAGGUUCCGCGUGAUCUCGCGGGAGACGAAGCGGUGGCAUCCCGACAAGCUGCAGGUUGGUUUGGGCGGGAAAUCUUCGACGGUGAACACAAAGACAACAUUGAUGUGGUUUCGAAGCUGGUUUUCGUGCUUUGGAAAGAUGCAGAGAUGA